AUGGCAGAAGGAGGACGAUCCACCUACGUACCACCUCACAUGCGCGGAGGCGGUUCAAAUACCGACCGACGGGAAAAUACCGACCGUCCCGGCGGGUUUGAAGACCGGCGAGGAGGAGGCCGCGGCGGCGACCACCGUGGCGGCUCGCGCGAGCGCGACUACAGCAACCGCAGCAGCGCACGCGACCAUGGUGACGCGCCCCCUCGAGCCACCAACUCGCGCUGGUCCGGCUUUGAGUCGGACCGUCGAGGCGGCGGCGAUACCGACGACCGUCGCGGUAAUACCGGUUACGGUGGCGGUGGCGGCGGCGGCGGGUAUAGCCGGGGCGGCGGUCCCCGCGUCAAUGAGAUGGGCUACCACGGAGACCUGCGGCCUAACGAGCGCCUUGAGCACGAACUCUUUGGCGACGCCAAGUCGUCGGGUAUUAAUUUUGACAAGUACGACGACAUUCCCGUGGAAAUGAGUGGCGAGAACGUGCCCGAGCCCGUGAAAGAGUUUGCCCCCGAAGAAUUGGGGCCCGAGGUCAUGCGUAACCUGGAGCUCUGCAAGUACUCGAAGCCUACGCCCGUGCAAAAGUACUCGAUCCCGAUUGGCCUAGCAGGUCGAGAUAUGAUGGCAUGUGCCCAAACGGGCUCGGGUAAAACCGGCGGCUUUUUGUUUCCCACGCUGGCGGCUAUGCUGCGUGUAGGAGGCACGCCGCCACCGGACGUCGGACACGGCCGCUCCCGCAAGAUUUUUCCUGCGGCGUUGAUUCUCUCGCCGACACGUGAACUAGCGUCGCAGAUUCAUGAAGAAGCCAAGAAGUUCUGCUACUGCACGGGCAUUGCUCCUGUUGUGAUUUACGGCGGGGCUGAAGUAGGUCGUCAGCUUCGUGAACUAGAGCGUGGAUGUGACAUGCUCGUUGCAACGCCCGGUCGGCUGGUCGACCUCAUGGAGCGCGGCCGCAUCUCGCUGUCGUGCAUUCGAUUCUUGAUUCUUGAUGAAGCUGAUCGCAUGCUGGACAUGGGAUUCGAACCUCAGAUUCGUCGCAUUGUGGAGCAGGAAGACAUGCCCCGGGAGCGCCAGACGUUUAUGUUUAGUGCCACGUUCCCGCGUGAAAUCCAACGUCUUGCCUCGGACUUUUUGCGUGACUACAUCUUUUUGACGGUCGGUCGUGUAGGAUCAGCGUCGAAGGACGUGAAGCAGACGGUGGAAUACAUUGAGCAGCACGACAAAGAGGACUACCUUGUGCGCUUUUUGAACCAAGUGCAAGAUGGCCUGAUUCUGGUGUUUGUGGAGACGAAGCGUGGGGCUGAUUUCCUGGAAGACAUGCUGUGUCGAGAAGGGUUUCCAGCUACGUCGAUUCACGGCGACCGUUCGCAGCGGGAGCGCGAGCAGGCUUUGGCCAGCUUCAAGUCGGGUCGUACCCCGGUUCUUGUCGCUACUGACGUGGCUGCACGAGGUCUUGAUAUUGAUGGUGUAACGCAGGUCAUCAACUUCGAUUUACCCAACAGCAUCGACGACUACGUCCAUCGUAUUGGUCGAACUGGUCGUGUGGGUAACAUUGGUUACGCCUUAUCGAUGAUGAACGAAAAGAAUCGCAACAUUGCUCGCGAGAUGUACGAACUGAUGUCGGAAAACGGACAGGAAAUUCCGGCAUUCUUGGACCAGAUGGCAAACAGCGGCUUUCGCGGUGGAAGUGGCGGUCGCGGCCGUGGUGGCCGCGGUGGUCGCAGCGGGUCCCGAUUCGGUGCAAAGGAUUACCGUAGCGAAGAGCGUGGAGGCGGUGGUGGUGGCCGCGGUGGUUACGGUGGCGGUGGUGGUGGCGGUUACGGUGGUGGUGGCUACGGCGGUGGCGGCGGUGGCGGCUACGGUGGUGGCGGUGGCAGCAGAAGCGGUGGAUCUCGCGGUGGAGGCUUUAGCGAUGACAACAGCGCCUGGUAA